CCACCGCCGAUAUGCCGCCCUCCGCCCCCGCCCGCGCGUUGCUGUCCCUGCUCGGGGCGGCGUGCGCGCGCCGCGUGGGCGCCAGCGCCUUCCUGGGCGACGCCCGCCGCGCCUCCGCGCGCGGCCCCGGCGCCCCGCCAGGCGCUCCGCCUGAGCCCGAGGGAGCCCUGCUGGCGGCGGUCCACCACGCGCUGGGCGACCUCCGCGGCGGGGCCGUGGAGGCUCGCCUGGGCCGCCUCGAGGACGCCCUGAGACCCAGCUACGAGGCCAUGCCGAAGAAUGCGCACGGUCGGCUGGACCACGCGACAGCGCGGUACGCGAUGCACCGGCUCUUUGUCAACCGCCACGGCUGGUUCGUGCUCGGCCUGGAGCCGGGCGGCGGGGCCUGGAGCAGCGGGUCGCCGGCGGGCAUCCUGCACGACAGGCUGCCAGACCGCGUUCAGGAGAUCUUCGAGCGUCGUCUCGGAGACCAUGGACUCGACUUGAGCGAGGUCGCCGUACUGGCCGCAGUGAUCGAGAAUCUGGUGCAAGAAGAGGCCGUCGAACGCCUGCGGCACACCUACAAGCUGCUGAACCGCUCCGUGCACGACCCGGUCAACCUGGAGGAGUCCCACGAGGUGGUUGACAUGUACAUGGCCGGUUACGUCCUCGGAUUCAAUUUCAGUGAAGUUGGUUCCGCCGAGGCGCUUAGCAAGCGCAAUCGUAUUCAGGAGGCGUACCCCACCUGGCCAGAAACGGUGAAGUUCGUCCGUGCCGUGCAGGCGGCGGCCACGCCGCAGGGGGGCGAGCUCGUCUUUGACAACCUUGCAGCCGUGAUCGCGGAGGUGGGGGAGCAGUACGGCCGCUGGCAGGACGAGGAGUGCCGCUUGAUGAAGAAUGACUUGAUGAAGCUUGAGGACCGUGGCUCUGGGCGAGUGCGCUUGUCCGAGUUCUACCGCUCCGCGGUGAAGGACGGGAAUUGGCAGUUCAGUGAGAGCGUAGAUUAUUUGCGCGAACUCGGGGCCUUGGACGAGUCAGACCCGCAAAAUAUGCGCGUGUUGAUCCCCAACUAUCCAACUGCUCGCCCACGAACUGCGUCGCCUCGUCAAGGUACUACUCGGUGUGCUGCCUGGACGAGUGCGAGGGGCUGUUCUCGCACCUGGAGCAGAGCAUCGGGGCGCCCGAGGCCACCCAGGAGCAGAUCGCGGAGCUGGUGGCCGCUCUCCCCUCGGCAACCGCACCGGCGAACCGCACCCUCUCGGCAGGGCUGGUGCGCAAACUCGACGAGAUAG